CUCCCUCUCUCUCUCUCCCCCCUCCUCUCUCUCUCUCUCUCUGAGGAGGCUGAGGUCCACUUUUGAGCGGCAGAGCUCAGAUCUGAUCGGGAGACACUCACACGGGGAGCGGAGACCUCGCCGGAGCGCUGCGUAAAGACGCACGUAAAGAGUUGUCCAAGUCUACGGUCCAACAGAAAGAGGACUCACAACUGCGGGGCACGUUUAUUUUUUAUUUUUUAUCACGCUCUAUUAAUCUCUUACUCUCCACACCUCGGGAUUUUUUCCCCUCAAAUUUCUUUAAACUUAAAACGUAAGUUUUGUUACACGCGCAGAUCCACUCUCUGGCUCCGUGUUGGGUUUUCUUUGUCUCCACGGAUUUCGCCCUGUGAGCGGCCGGCCGCAGUGGACUUUGCCCGGGGGCGGGCGGCGGCGGGGGGGGGGGGGGGGAUCACAGCUCCUUCCAUCGGCCAGCAGAGCCCGGCAGCUGUCGUUCAUGUUCCAAGGGGCUGUUUUUAAUGGAUUUAUAAGGUCGACUUGGGUUUCAGCCGGAUAAACCAGAGCCUCCUGGGGAAGGUACAAGGGCGACAACGAAGCUCCAAAUGAGGAUUUCAAUAUUUACUCGUAUCGAGCGGGACAAGGAGUGAGUUCCUCCCCGGUGCCAGUCAUCUGUGCGCCCGCAGACCGAGAAGGAAAAGGAUACUAUUUUGAGGCUUUGUGGGUUUUCUGAAGAUUCCGAUGCACGGGACCGGAGUGUGAAGCCCACUCCAGGCUUCCCACGUACAUUUCUGCCUUUUUGACCGGAACACGGGCACGAAGAAGAUGGAGAGGAUCUGCACGUUCUGCGUUCUCCUGCUGUGUUUGAUGGACGGAGUCUUGUCCAGGGCCAUCAACCAAGCGAGGACUAAAGAUCUUCGGGUAUCCAGGCCUCUGAUUGUGCCAGGUUACCCAGAAAACAUCACGGGGGUAGUAGGUGGUCAGGCAAAGCUGGCGUGUAAAAUCCACCGGCCGGCGUCCACCAAGGUGCAGUGGCUGAAGGCUGAGGUUAGCCUGGAAGGACCGCCUCGCCUCAGCGCCCUGACGGUCCUACAGAGCAACGGGUCUAAGGUGAACACUUUGCAUCUGUCCAACAUCAGUCUGGAGGAUGCAGGGGAGUACAUCUGCAUGGCCGAGAGCACCCACGAAGGACAGAUGGUUCAGGCCAUGCAGUCGGCGUGGCUGGAGGUCCUGCACGGUACUAUCAUUUCUCGAACUGUGGAGCCGACUGUUGCAGACAUCCCAUCAGGCGCUAUUGAUGACCGCAGCGAGGACACCUCAGAGCAUCUCCUGCUGGAGCCGGGCAACGUCCUGAAAUUGCGCUGCGACCCGAGCGCCCGGCCCGGCAUGGCGGUGCACUGGUACAAGGAGGCGAGCCGGGUUCUGCCCACACCCCGCAUCCAGAUCCGCGGAGCCGUCAUGGAGAUUGCAGACGUGACAUACGAGGACUCUGGCCUUUAUGUGUGUGUUCUCCGGGGAACCAAAGAGCCUGUGAGGAACUUCACCAUCACUGUGGCAGACUCGUUGGGGUCGGGGGACGACGAUGAGGACAACGGGUUGGACGACUCAUCGGCUGAGAUCGAAAACGACCAGGUCUACUUCUCCGGAGGUCCUUACUGGACCCACACCCAGCGUAUGGAGAAGAAGCUGUACGCUGUACCCGCGGGCAACACGGUGAAGCUUCGUUGCCCCGCCAUGGGCAGCCCCAUGCCGAGCAUCCGCUGGCUAAAAAAUGGGCGUGAAUUUAGAGGAGAGCACCGCAUCGGUGGCAUCAAGCUGAGGCACCAGCACUGGAGUUUGGUGAUGGAGAGCGUCGUGCCUUCAGACAGAGGGAACUACACUUGCCUGGUGGAGAACAAAUAUGGCUCCAUAACUCACAGCUACGUGCUCGAUGUCCUGGAGCGUUCCCCACACAGGCCCAUCCUGCAGGCCGGUCUACCAGCCAACAUCACAGCAGUGGUGGGAAGCGAUGUCCAGUUCCUCUGUAAGGUCUACAGCGACGCCCAGCCUCACAUUCAGUGGCUCAAACACAUUGCAGUCAACGGCAGCCUUUACGGUUCUGAUGGGGCGCCUUUCGUUCGGGUACUCAAGACCGGCAGUCUGAACAUGUCAGAGGUGGAGGUGCUCUACCUGUCCAAAGUUGCCAUGGAGGAUGCAGGAGAGUACACCUGUCUGGCUGGCAAUUCAAUCGGAUUUGCUUACCAGUCCGCCUGGCUCACCGUCCUCUCAGAAGAGGAAACCGUGGACUCCAUUGAGACCAUGGAGACAAAGUACACUGACAUCAUCAUCUACGCCUGUGGUUUCCUGGCACUGAUCAUGGCCAUCGUCAUCGUGGUGUUGUGUAGAAUGCAGGUCCAACCCAGAAGGGAGCCGUUCGAUGCGCUGCCAGUACAAAAGCUCUCCAAGUUUCCUCUUCGCAGACAGUACUCGGUGGAGUCCAACUCAUCGGGGAAGUCCAGCGCGUCGCUUAUGAGGGUGGCUCGACUCUCGUCCAGCUGCUCUCCCAUGCUGGCUGGAGUCAUGGAGUUUGAAUUGCCCUAUGACCCGGACUGGGAGUUCCCCAGAGAAAAUUUAACCUUGGGCAAACCUCUAGGAGAAGGCUGCUUCGGUCAGGUGGUCAGAGCAGAUGCCUACGGCAUCAAUAAGGACUCUCCGGAUCCGGCCUCCACUGUGGCGGUCAAGAUGCUCAAAGAUGACGCCACAGACAAAGAUCUGGCAGACCUCAUCUCGGAGAUGGAGCUCAUGAAGGUCAUGGACAAACACAAGAACAUCAUAAACCUGCUUGGGGUUUGCACACAGGAUGGGCCUCUGUAUGUGCUGGUGGAGUACGCCUCCAAAGGCAGUCUGAGGGAGUACCUGCGGGCCCGGAGACCCCCCGGCACCGACUACACCUUUGAUAUGACUAAAGUGCCCGAAGAGCAGCUCACCUUCAAAGACCUGCUGUCCUGCGCCUACCAGGUGGCCAGAGGCAUGGAGUACCUGGCCUCCAAAAGGUGCAUCCACAGAGAUCUGGCAGCCAGAAACGUUCUGGUGACCGAGGACAACGUGAUGAAGAUCGCCGACUUCGGCCUGGCCAGAGGAGUCCACCAGAUCGACUACUACAAGAAAACCACAAAUGGACGGCUGCCGGUGAAGUGGAUGGCACCAGAGGCUUUGUUCGACAGGGUCUACACACACCAGAGCGACGUGUGGUCCUUCGGUGUCCUGAUGUGGGAGAUCUUCACGCUGGGCGGCUCGCCGUACCCCGGUAUCCCCGUCGAGGAGCUCUUCAAGCUGCUGAAGGAAGGACACCGCAUGGACAAACCCUCCAACUGCACACAUGAACUCUACAUGAUGAUGCGUGAGUGCUGGCAUGCUGUUCCCACCCAGAGGCCGACCUUCAAGCAGCUGGUGGAGGAGCUGGACAAAGUGCUGCUGUCCAUCUCCGACGAGUACCUGGACUUGUCGACGCCCUUCGAGCAGUACUCGCCUUCCUGCGAGGACACGUCCAGCUCCUGCUCCUCCGACAACGACUCUGUCUUUACCCACGAUGCAUUGUCCACUGACCCCUGUCUCCUGGGCUACAAGGACUAGCGCUCCAGGGUGGACGUGAAGACGCCCCCCCCCCCUCCCCUUGAGUUUACAGACAGUGACAAAACACAUGUAACGCACCCACCGGCGGCCAUAUUGGGGGUCCGCGGAAGCCUUUGGUUGAAGUUGGACCUCCAUUGUGGCCCCAGAAGAAGCCCUUAGAUAUAGGCGGGCGUUUAUACACACACAUAUAAACACAUGUACGCACGUGGAGCACUGAGGCCGACGGGCCUCAUCACACGGUGAAGGUCUGAAGAGAAACGUUUCAUCGGGGCCAUGAGAGAAGAGGACAAAACUAAAAACUAUCAGCUCCUGUGUCCAAGAACAGUUGUAAACGUUGGAAAACUGCGGCACUAAACACAAAAGGAACUUGGUACCCAUAGAGAUCAUUUCUCUGAAGGACAAUGACCUCCUCACACAACCAGGGCGCGACACCUCGGUGAUAAGACAUUCGAACUAAAAUAAAAAGAUUUAUUUUGCUAUGAUAAAAAGAGAAGGAACUAAUAGUUAAAUAUAAAUCUCUCUAUAUAAGAUUAUUUUACUUUUGUUUUGCCUAUUUAAAGAAGAAAAAAAACGGUCUUAAAUCUCAGGAUCUCGUGUGCUAAGAUGCGGCUGUAGUGACAGCAAAGUGCCUGAUUUCCUGUGAAUAUAUUUGAAUUUUAAAAUAUUGUAUGUACAUAUCAGUGGCAGAAAGACGAUUGCCUUUAUAAAUUAUUCUUAAUGACACAAAAAUGAAGGUUAUUGGAGGCGAAAGGAGAGAGGAAUUAAAUCAAGUGUUUCAAGUGCCAAACGUGUUGCAGCUGUAUUAAUGUUUGGGUUUCAUUCCAAAAUGCUUAAUUUAAAGGCAACAUUGAACUAACAUUGAAUUCACCCCCGAGUCAUAAACUAGAGAUCGGUUUGAUUGCUUUACAUCAGCAGCUCUUGUUAACAAAGUGAGAAUAAAAACCAACCAGCAUGUCAUCCAAAAAUAAUGGAUUUGGUCUUACGUUUCGGGCAUACAUUACACAUUUUUGGAAUGAACCCCCACCCACCCUAAUCACCCCCACACCCCCCCCCCCCAUUUUGCCCUUUUGUAGUAAACCACUUUGUCCUCCAGCCCAAUCAAACAGUUUGUGGUUAAAUACCAGCAGGAGUUCCGGUUCCUCGUCGCUGUUGUUGGAUGAAAACCACCAGUGUUUUGGCAUCGGAUGAAUUUCUUAAGUUAUAAAAGGAGCUUUUGGGAGGUUCAGGCGGCCGUGACGUGGUCUUCCUCCAACGACACCUUCACUCCCUCAGUGUCCAUCGUCAGAGACAGUGGUUCAGAGACAGCGUGUCCAGGGAGGGACCCAACCCUGAAAGGAGGACUGACGAUUCAGCAUCAGGGGCCCCGUUGAAGAGCCGGCCCAAGCCACUGUCACUGUUGACACGGGGGGGCGGGGGGGGGCUGCAUGUGAAAGCCAGUGUGAUAGAUUUCAAAUAGAGGAGAUGGGGUGGGGUGGGGGGGUCCUUUGUCUUGAUGUAACCCUUCACCCAGCCCAAUCUGUUGGCGAGGGGUCCUCAGGUCCCCAGCCCGGCCGGACAAUGAAGGCUUUGCAGGCUUAAUGGGUGUGACUGCGGACCAGAGGGAGUUCUACGGAGGUGGGGGGCUUCGGGAGGGGGGGGGGGGGCAGCUUGGGCUUGUGUGCAAAUGAAGAGGCUCUUAUUAUGUUAAUGUCUCCUCUUCUCUCCCCAAACGCCCCUAUCUUUAUCCCCACAGCCACCAUUUUUUUUUAAAUUACGGAUCUUAAUUCAGAUCCGCCGGUGGGACCAGCUGCAGCAGGAGACAACCCGAGUCCCCGCUGCCCCCCCCCCCUGAAUCAGACCCCAGACACACAAAAAAACAUUUUAACAGUUGUAUGAAAAUGCGCAGUAUCAUUGAUUUUGGUCUGAACCACGUGUGUCUGUCCUUAAAUGGGGUUUAAAUGUAUCACCAGCUACAUUAUUCUCUGGUCCUGUUUGUUUCAAUUUAAAAAUGAAGGGGUUUCAAUUCAAAACGCUUUGUAACAGUUUAGUCAGUGAAGGAUUGUCGCGUCUUCUCGCCUCGGCUGUUUGCCUACCACGCUGUCAACGAUCCGGUGACAGUUGGCGUCUUAUUUUAGAAGCUCUUUUCAUUUAAAUGCCAACGUAGGCAAAGUAUCUGGAUACAUCUGCAUCUUUACAUUCCAGUUAUCUGCUCUUCAGACUCAAAACAAUCACAGCGUUCUUAAAAACAUUUUCUCCAGAUAAUUAUUUUAGAAAUAUCUAAUUUAUUUGUUCAUUGUUUUGUUUUUAUAUGAAAUAAAGUAUAAUUUAAAGUGA